GCCAGGUGUGGAUGUGUAUAUAAACCUAAUUUGAUAUUUUGACUGUUUACAUUUUCUAAACAAUCAGUGCACUGCACCUUGCUUUCUUUUCAAAAACCACUGCAGCUCUACUUUCUCCUUGGACUUCAAUACCACAACAAUACUUCAUACAAUGCAGUCAAGAAUAAAUAUGGGAAAAGAAAAAGUUUUAUGUAAAUGUAACGUGUAAAAUAUAUUUAAGUGGUGGUUUAUCAGGGGCAAUAAUUCUUCUUUUUUCCUAUAUUUUCUUUGACAACAUAAAAUGAUUAGGAUAUCAGAAAGUAUAUUAAUCGAAAAAUUUAAGGAAAACAAUCCGGCAAUUGAAACUGAUAAUGUGGAAAGUUUAAGAUAUACUUUGAUGAUGUUGAAUGAAAUUGAUCAAGGGGAAGUUACUGUUACUAUUCAAGACAAUAUUUUAAAACUAAAAAUAAUAAAAUUAUCAGAUUUCACAACUUCUAAAUUUAAAAUGAAAUUCGGACUAGAACUCCAUGAGGCUAAAAAUGAACUGUUUACAAGAAUUGUAACAGUGCCUUUAGUGAAAACAGUUAUUCUCUUGGAAAAACAGCAACAGAUGUUAAGUAAUUUAUUGAAAAAGAAAGAUAGAGAACUGGAAGAAUAUCAAAUGGAUAAGGGAGAAAUUUCACGUGCUGAUUUAAUUACCGAAAAGUUCCAACAGGAAAUGCUAGUAUCAUCCAGUGAUAGAUUAAUGUUAAAUGUGUUUGGAAAAUAUACAGAUGAAAUUGCAAAAAAAUAUGGUUCCACAGAAGAGAAAGUUCCAGAAAUUGAGGUAGAAUCUUGGAACGCUGUGAAAAAGAGAAGAAAAAUUUAUAAUAAAGAAACUGCAGAAAAAUCCAAAUGUAGAAAAAUUAUUUAUAAAGAUGUUCUUAAAUGGUUCGUGGAGGAACGCUUGCUCAGAACAUAUUCUGAACAAAGCAUGCGCGUUUGAUACGUCCAGAAGAUAUUCAGAAUACAUUCGGAAUGUGUCCAAAUUAUCUACCGCGAACGAAGCUGUUAUCUCUUUUAUAUUCAAACUUAUACCUGGUUUUAAGACUUACAGCUCGAAAAUUUUUAUUUUUAGAAAAUACCAAAACAAAUUCUUUCAAGAGAUUUAAAACUUUACUUGAAAGUGAAUAAUUUUUGCACUUAAUAUUCCCACAGACUAUCAUUUAAUCACAGGGUUAACUUUAUAUUAUUGAGUAUAUUUGAUUACAGAUAAACUUUAACACGUUGAACCCCAACCAAAAUUGAUAAACUUUUCCCUGGCCCAAAUUUUUUUGUGUUUUUAUACAUUUUGUUCUCUUCUUUGUCCUUUGAAUUUAUGCUUUUAUGUAGACUGUACAAAAAUGGGCCAAGGGUUUUAAGGAUACUAUAAGAGAUCAAAAAUAAUGUUUUUGGGUGAGAUCAUAUUUACUUAACUGCUGUUUAUUUUGUGUUGAAAAGUUUAGAAUGAUGUGUGACUCAUUUAUACCUGAGCUCUUUCUCAUGGGUUGGUAAGAUUAUUUUGAUUUAUGACCCAUCCAAAUUUUGGAUAGUCCUCACAACAACAUAUUUUUCCCUUAAGCCCUAGAGAAGAUUUCAUUAAAAUACGCCGAGUGGUCCAUAGGACCGCUCUGGGCUAUGCGAAAAGUUCAAUUGCGGGCCUAUGGACCGCACUGGGGCUCAACGUGUUAAAUAAAAAACAGAAUCGUUCUCAUAUGCGGGAAAGAAAUGAAACCCCAUAAAAGCUCAUAUGUGUAAUGGAAGGUACUUAAUCAUCAAAUCGGUCUCAAAAGUUUCUGUCUAGUAUAACUAAAUGGGUUUGUUCCAAACCAUCAAAAAACUGUCCUUGGUACGGUGACGAUUCUGCGCAAUAGAGAUUACGUAUUCCAACCGGGCGGUUACCGUUAUACGAACGAUUCUGUUUUGUGUUCCAAUCGAGUUAAGUAUCGUUUGUGAACCGUUUCAGGGACGGUCUUUUCGAUACUUGGUUGAUAACAAGUACUGUUAUGAGGUUGCGCAGAAUAUGUCUAUAAACGCUUCCGAUAACCGUUCCAAGUACGGUCCCGACUUGCAGGUUGGAACAAACCUCUAUUUAACUUCAAGAAUCCAAACAGAAAACCUAGCUACCUUGAACAGCGUGUCGAAAGCGACAAAGUGGCAGCCAAGUGAUUACGAGCUGUAGUUUUGUUUUUGGUUACACCACUCCCAUUGCCCUCUGUUCCCUUCAAGUCGACUUUUACCUAUUUGUCAACAAUGUACUACCUGACUGUUCAUUAGUCAAGUAGCAACGACUUUAUGAGUUCACAUAAAGUCAGAUAUUGGAAUUGGUCGCAGUUCUCCAUAACUGUAUGCCAUACGUCCACACUGGAUUGAGGAUAGCCUCAUAUACUAGCAACUUGUUUUCAAUGGUUAAUUCUGAGUUUCUACCAAUUAACCACUAGAUCUGCCCGAAUUUAUGUCCCAGCUGCUUCCUUUUGGUAAAUAUUUGCUUUUGCCUGGUUAAUCGUCUGUCAAGAUGAACGUCUAGAUAUUUUGCAUCGGUAGCUUGAGUUAGUCUUCUCUCUUGGUUUGAUUUGAUUUGACACGCCAUUUUUUUAAACAAAUAUCUAUUUGAUUAGGAUUAUUCUGGAGAUUUCGAGAUGCCAGGAUUGCAGUUUCAUGACUUUAGAAUCUAAUAAGGCUGAUAACGUAACACUUUGGAAACGUCAUUGCAACAAGGUGUUGAAGUAUAAAAUUUUCGUACCGAAUUUCCUACGAGUUUCAAUUAAUUUCCGUACCUAAAUUAUUUAUCGGCUGCGAAUGAAAAAGUCAUAUUUUGUUCGAGUUAAACUCAAAAAAUUCACUUUUUGACCAAUUUCAACAGAAGAAGCCAUUUUUUAUCAAAAGAAAAAAAAGUUUUUCUUUUCAUCGUAACAAUUCCAUAACAUUAAUUUCCUGGAAUGAUUAAAGAAAAUAAAAACCACGUUUCUUACUAAAAUAAAAUUAUAGACAAUUUUCUUCAAUUUCCAUAUAAAUAAUUAUCUGUUUCAUAGUUGUUUUUAUCCAAUUAAAAAAAAUUUGAAUCAAAA